AUGAUAAUAAUAAAAACUGACCCGGCUGCCAAUUUCAUUUCAGCUUUUGUUGGCGAAUUGACCAUGAAGAGCAAUGAGGAAAUGGUCAAGUGGCUCUUACCGGUUUUCAUCGGUUUCGCCAUCCGUUCUAGUGUCUUACUUCAUCCGCAUUCUGGUCAAGCCAAACCACCCAUGUACGGUGACUACGAGGCUCAACGGCACUGGAUGGAAGUCACCACCAAUUUGCCUGUGCGUGAGUGGUACUUCAAUACAACUGAUAAUGAUCUGAACUAUUGGGGUCUUGACUAUCCUCCUCUGUCCGCUUACCACAGUUGGGCAAUGGGAAAGAUCUCCGAGCACCUCAACCCUGCAUGGACUAGCCUGUUCACGAGUCGAGGGAUGGAGACAUAUGAUCAUAAAGUUUUUAUGCGAUACACUGUCUUACUGGCUGAUCUAUUUAUCUUUGUACCGUCCGUGUUGUGCUUCUUUCAUAAAUGCUUACCGCGAAUACUGUCCCAACCCAGUGUUUCACCUUUCUAUUCAUGCUGCCUUGUGUUUCUUUAUCCUGGAUUGAUUCUCGUUGAUCAUGGACAUUUUCAAUACAAUUGUGUGAGCCUGGGACUAUUUGUGGCGGCUGUCGGUCUAAUCCUAUCCGAUCGUGAUAUUCUUGGGACUAUUAUGUUCUGUUUGGCUUUAGGCUACAAGCAAAUGGAACUGUACCAUGCCCUUCCAUUGUUUUUCUAUUUACUAGGUAAAUGCUUUAGAAGCUCAUUCACUUCUGGGUUUUUCAAACUCUUGUACCUCUCCAUGACAGUCUCCGUAACCUUCAUUGUGAUGUUCUUACCCUUUCUGUCCAACAUGGUGGUACUUCGCCAAGUGAUACGUCGCAUUUUUCCCAUUGCUAGGGGUUUGUUCGAAGACAAAGUUUCCAAUUUUUGGUGUUGCACUUCCCCUUUCAUCAAAUGGAAAACUGUGUUCACUCAUCUGGAACAGGUUCGUCUUUGUGCUAUGGUGGUCGCUUUCACGUGCCUUCCCACAUGUCUGGCUCUAGUGAUAUCUCCUCGGAAAGACAAACUGCUCUUCUCGUUAGCAAUUUGUUCAAUGAAUUUCUUUCUUUUUUCCUACCACGUUCAUGAGAAGUCCAUAUUGCUUGUAGCCGUCCCGGCUUUGUGUCUGCUGCCACUUUGUCCAAUAUCGUCAUUUCACUUCUCCGUGGCAUCAGUCCUAAGUAUGUGGCCACUUUUCUUGAAGGAUGGUCUCGGUUUGGCAUGUUUGUGUACCACUGUUAUCUACACUGUAAUCGGUCAUGUUGUCAUCAUACGGAAAACCCCAGGUAUGGCAAAAUCUUCAAAACUUUUGUAUUCUGAUAUUGCUCUGGCCUGCCAACUUGGUGGUUUUGCUUGUUUGAUCCUCGCGGAGACCUUCGUCACUCCACCGGCUGCCUAUCCAGACAUAUUUGCCCUGGCAAUUUCCAUUUUCUCCUUUGUUCAGUUUUCGGUUUUUCUACUUUUUUGGAAUGUGCAGUGUUUCAGUCGGAAGUCAAAGUGCAUGUAA